GUGAGUCGUUAGGUCGAGGUGUGAAGGCGAGCCAGUGUGUGAGCAGACUGUGGCGUGUGAGCAUAGCUGAGGUGCUCUUCUCUUGAUGCUGUCAGUGUAGUGUUUCCUCGCAGUGUUGUGUGGGUAGUGGCAGGUUACACAGCGAGGAUCGAGAAUCGAGUUGGGCUUCUGACUUACUUUCUUAGCCCUAGUGACUGUAUCAUCAUGGUGAUGAGGUUGGUGCCUGGUGUUGUGGUGUGUGUGGCACUGCUACUGCUGCUCACUUUCGUCUACCCAGCCUCCCCACAGCACCGUAAUAGUGCCUGUGUAGACAGCUCUAAGGAGUGCCCGGCAUGGGCAACGCAGGGACGCUGUCGUACUCACCCCAAGUUCCUACAACUGGUGUGUCCUCUCAGCUGCAACGCUUGUGUAGAAUGUGGGCGAGGAGAUGUAUUCAAAACCAGCAGUAGGAGCACCAGCACCAGCAGGAACACUAGCAGGAGGAGGAACAGUAGCAGGAAUAAAAGCAGCAGGAGGAACACCGGUAAUAAAAGCAGCAGCAGCAGCAGGGGAAGGAGGGUGCGCCAGAUCAUCUUUCCAGACAAGUUACUGGAGCUGCGAGCCGCUGCUGCUGCUGCUGCUUCCAGGAACACGAUCAUCUUCCCAGACCAGCUAGAGGCCCUCCGAGCUGCUGCUGCUGCUGCUAAAACUGUUCCUACUGUCGAUAGACCUGUUGACGACUCGUCUCCCGUAACCGAAAAUAGCACCGCCGCGGUCAUGGUGACGGACGCCUUCUGCGGCGCUACCGUGGUUUCCGACCGCUUCCUGGUGACCGCAGCACACUGCAUCUUCGACCUUAACCACCCGUACGCUCUGAACCGCUUCGCUGAUGAGUACACAGCACCACAGCUCCAACAAUUCACAAUCUGCAGUUCCUCGAGGGAAAACUAUAGUCGACGUUUCGAAUCGUCUAAGUCCUUUGUCAAAUCACUUAAUACUUUUGUCCAGGACGGACCGAAACAUCGACCAGAGUUUCUCUCCCCUUCUUUGAAUUGUUGGCUAUUAAUAUGAAACACUAAUUUGGUUAAUUAAGAUUGAACACCUUCGUCAGCACUCUUAGAUUACUGAUGUGUUCGAAAAUUGAUAACAAGACUCAUUGACGUAACCCUGCGAGACGGAGAUGACGUCAGUAUACAAUAGAUGUCGCCAGAUAGAGAGUAGGUGAUGACAGAUAUAUAGUAAAUACUACUAAUACUGCCGGAACAAUGUCAGAGGUUUUCAAGAGUAACCUAAACCACCAGCUCAUUAGCCUGCCUGUGACGGCUGUCUAGACCUGCUGCUGGUCUCAACAGCCUACUUUACCAAGCGUUUAUCAAGGAGGUCUGACCUCAGGCCGAGGUGCAAAGUUGGAAAAAAAAAUAAACUCGAAACUGGUUAUAGGCGUUCUUAAGAACAUAAGAAUACAAAAAUGGAGGAACACUGCAGAGGGCCUACUGUCCCAUGCAAGACAGACCUUUAUCAAAUCCAAGUCUAUCCAAAUCCAAAUCUAGUGGCUAACGCGACGGGCUGGAGUUUUGAGACUCUAUGACCGCGGGUUCAAUCCCGGCCGGGGGUAUGGUUUGUUUGCAAUCGUGUCAUUACGAUUUCUUGAGUCAAUCCAAACCCUCUAACAAAAACAUUUGCCCAACCCAUUUUCAGUGCUAUCCAAGGAAUAAGCGUUGAUAACCCUGUUAAUUAACAUGCAAGUCCCACUUAAAUCCAACCCCACUCACUCGUAUCUUAUUUGUUCCUCGUAUACACCGUUGCUUCUCCCACACUUAAUAUGAUAGUAAUAUCGGAUGCCGUCAUGUAUAUAAAUGGUUCAGAAAACCCGUAAGUUGAUGAAUUAGACACAUGUGCAACACUUGGGUAUCUUUACUGAGGAAAUGUUUCGCCACGCAGUAGCUUCAUCAGUCCUAAAUAAAGAAGAAUGUUGAAGAUUAGAAGGAGUUUGAGGUAAUCAGUGCUAGUUACAUUACUGCAAUUUUCCCAUAGUUAGGCUAGGCUGCUGAAUUGGAGAACUAACAAACAAUAUGUAUUCCAAUAUAUCUCUCAUAAUAUCGGAUGAAGAAAAUAUGGUAAUACAUACCGUCAAAUUGGUUUAGAAAGACAAACAAACACUAGGACAUUUAUUAAAAACGUUUCGGUCCUGGGAUCUUGAUCACUUCUAACACACAGAGGUUAAAAUCAGUAUAUAGAGGAGAGUGAGGUGUGAGAGACGCAUGGUGACCUGAAAAAAUUAUCAUAUAAGGAUGAGAACGGGUAAACAAUGUGAUCACGUGACUCCUGUGUUAGGUAUUUGGUACUUUGCCUGGUUAAGUAUCAUGUAUGCUAAUAUUUUGGAAAUUUUGUGGUUUCCAGCAUUAUGUUCUAUGGUGCCGGUGACGACGGUUAACGAGGCUUCCAGACACCGUCUGCGUCUAAGAUGCUGUUCGGUGAGGACGAACUGUGCCUCAUCUCAAUUCAUCAACUGUCCCAUUGUGAAGGUUUGUGUUAUGUAGAAACCUUCUUCUUCAAGGAACCAAGAGCUGGAGAUGCGAAGAACUCUCAAGAAGAAACCAGUGAUCAGUGGUGUCGAGCCAUCAAUAAAGUUUACACUUGAACUCGAAAAAAGAUGGUAAACUUCCUUUCCUCGACGUCCUCCUGUUGCAGGUCUCCCGACAGUGAUAAACUUCUCUUCAAAGUGUAUAGAAAACCAACCAACAAGGACAAUCUUAUACACUUCAUUUGGCACUAAGACAGUCCUCAUUAAAAUAGAUGGCCUUAUUGGCUUCUUCGCAUCUCCAGCCCUUGCUUCCUUGAAGAAUAAUGUAUCUAGGCAACAUAAGCCUUCACACGUCUUCAGUUUCCAUUUUUAUUUAUCCAGGAUUGCUGACUCAAUGUACGAGCUGUCUUCAAUAAGUCCCCGAUGGAACAGUCCUCUAAGCAGUUCAUAGUGCUCAUAGUCAUAGUGCUCUCAUGCGGUGAUGUUGCCAAGAAUACUCGCCAAGCACUUGCUAAGAGCAAUAUAAACGUUUUUACCAUAAACACAUUUAUCAGAGACCUCACUACGAAACGUAGCCCCACACCUCUAACUUCCACAGCGGGCGUCUUCACCAUCCCGUCCCAAGAAAUAUGUAGGGAAAACAGUUCGCCUGAACGAACAUUGAAACGCCAGCAACAGAGACGACUUAAGGUACGCCUGUGUCCUCCACAGGGACUCCACGGGACAUCUGAUGAAUCGGGAUGAGGCACAACUCAUCCUCACCGAACAAGACUUUAGACGCAUACGACGUCUGAAAGCCUCGCUAAUCGCCGUCACCGACAUCAUAGAACAUAAUACUGGAAACUAUAAAGUUUCUAAAACAUAGCCAUACGUGAUACUCAACCAAGCAAAGCACCAAAUACUCAACAACACAGGAGUCAUGUGAUCACACUGUCCAUGUGUCACUCACACCUCACUCUUCCCCUAUAUAUACUGUCUUUUUAACCUUUCCAUGCUAGAAGUGAUCAAGGUCCCAGGAUCGAAAAGUUUUCUCAUAAAUAUGUCCUUGUGUUUGGUCACGUGUCUUUCUAAACCAAUUUGUUUGUACAUUACUAAGGUUUAUACCCAAAUCUAAUCUGUAAUAAUGUUGGUAUAAUUACCGACAAAGCUCUUGGAGAGCGAAACGUUGCCACAAUAAAAAAAUGUCGCACAUGUGUCCUCUUACCUAACAAAAUCUAGCCUAACCAUAGCUAAAAAAAAAAAAAAAUGAGAAAGAUGUAUCCUUCGCUGUGUUUAUAGUGUAUCUCAGGUU